AUGCAAGAUAGACGAGUUGUGGUAGUUACAAAUAUGAAAACUAGAAAGUUGCGUGGUGAGCCAUCAAUGGGAAUGAUUCUUGCUGCUGAAAAGGACAUUAAUGAAAAACUAAAGGUUGAACCUAUCAUACCUCCAAAAAGCUCCAUUAUUGGUGAAAGGUUAUAUUUUGGUGGUGCUGAUUCAUUUGAGCCUCCAAAGUUAAAGGAUAAAGCUUGGGAAUAUAUUCAACCUAGAUUGACCACUAACUCUAAUAAAGAAGUGGUAUUUGUGAAUGAAGAAGAACAACAAUUGAUAUUAAGAGGAAGUGAUGAAAACGACUCUGCAGUUGCAGAAACUCUUAUAAAUGCUAAGAUUCUUUAA